AAAACUCUAAUUCCGAAAAGCUCGAGAGGCAUCGCUCAAGAGAAAGACCUCGCUGGGACGCAGAGACAGAUCCGAAGCGAAAGAUAACCUAAACCUUGCUAUCCGAAAGAGAUAGACUUAGGACGUGGCCAGAGCUAGAUCUUCAAUGGAAGGUCUGAACUAUCUUUGGGAGACUUCCGCAUUUUCGGACCUUGUUAUCAUCUGUGGCGACAAGCAAUGGAAAGUCCAUAAGUCGGUGAUAGGUGCUAGCUCGGGUUAUUUCAGAACAUUAUGCCUGAGUCCGGACUGGAAGGAAGCCCGCGAAGGAGUUAUCAAACUUGAGCAUGUCGAGGCUCCAACAGACAAAGAUGCCGGCGGAGCUCGAGCCAAUGAAGAUUUUAGCUCGGACCAUCCGAAUAUGGUCGGCUCGAUGCUGGCCUUCAUCUACACCGGCAAGAUACUGUCCGACGAACAAUUCCUCGCUCUAGAGCGGAACGACAAGAAGGAGCUUCAGCGGACAUUUUGGACUAAGCAGCGACCGACAGAGCUCUAUUUGUCACGUUACGCAAGAAUGUAUGCUCUUGCAUGCAAAUAUGAUGUCGUUACUUUACGAGACAAGGCGCUUGCAGGAUUCAAACAUAACAUGAGCAAGGACUUAUCCUAUCAAGAUCUAGCGGCUGCUCUGCGGAUUUCUUUCAACACCGGCAGUGAAAAGGAAUGUCAAAUGAGGGAUUGUGUUUUCGGAUUACUGCUGGAGCAUAUUCGUGGAUUGAGCGAGUAUAGGUGGGCUCGAGAUGCUAUAGAAGGUGUUCCGGGGCUUUCUAUGAGACUGAUCACCACAAUGGCAACGAAAUGGUGAGUGUAGCGGACGCUCUUCGGGAUUCGAAACCGUGUGUAGCGAAAAGUGUCAGAAAGGUAAGAAUGCCAUCAUACGACUAAGAAGAAAAUCUGAUGAAGAUGGCACUGAAGACUAUAGCUCUGACCAUCCGGAAGCUGUGAAGCUACUUGUGGACUUUAUUUAUCUA